AUGGACCAGUACCUGUGUUUUGUGUCCCUGUGCUUGGUGGCCCUGCUCUGCACUGUGAGUGCUACUGACGUAGAAGGUUACUCCAAAACUGAAGGGGCUUGGAUUGUGUCGCUGCACAAAAGACUAUACUCUGUGAACACAGUGGGUGAAUGUGCUGCUAAAUGUGAUGCUGAGACCACCUUCACGUGCAAGUCGUUCAUUUACCAUGAGAAGGACCAGGAGUGUUGGACGGCAGAGUCCAACUCCAAAACAGAGAUGGUCCUGAGAAGAACCAGCACAGUGUAUUAUGAGAAAAAAGUAUACCUCCUUGAGUGUGUGAAUGGACUGGGAACAGACUACAGAGGGACAAAGACCACUACAAAAUCAGGGAAGACCUGCCAGCGGUGGCGAACCAAGAGCCCUCACGUUCCCAAUAUCACACCCCAGACCCACACCAAGGCUGACCUGAUCUCAAACUACUGCAGAAACCCCGAUGAAGACAGUGGAGGCCCCUGGUGCUACACCACAGACCCCAACAAACGCUGGGAGAACUGUAAUGUGGCCAGCUGCACAGAGGAGUGCAUCUACUGCAGCGGUGAGGACUACAGAGGGAAGAUCUCCACCACAGAGAACGGCAACACAUGUCAGCGCUGGGACUCCCAGAAACCACACAACCACGGAUACAACCCUGCCGCUCUCCCAGAUAAGUAUCUGGAAGAGAAUUACUGCAGGAACCCAGACGGAGACCCUCGGCCCUGGUGCUUUACCACCAACCCUUCCAAACGCUGGGACUUCUGCUCCAUCCCUCGCUGUGCAUCUGAGCCCCCGACCAUCGUCCCAGAGCUCAGCUGUGCCUCAGGAGAAGGCACAAACUACAGAGGGACCAUUGCAGUCACUGAGUCUGGGAAAACCUGUCAGCAAUGGUCUUCCCAAACACCACACAAGCACAACCGCAGCCCAGAGAACUACCCCUGCAAAGGUCUGGAAAGCAACUACUGCCGUAACCCAGACAGCGAGAGACAGCCCUGGUGCUACACGUCUGACGCCAACACGCGCUGGGAGUACUGCAGGAUCCCCAGCUGCAGCAACGCCCCGGGGCCCCCAGACGAGGCGGUGAUUCCCCCCGAGGACGACGACUGCUACGAAGGCAACGGCAGCUCGUAUCGAGGCGUCACAUCAGAGACGAUCAGUGGAAAGAAGUGUCAGUCCUGGAGCGCCAUGACGCCACACACCCACACGAAGACCCCUCAGAAUUUUCCCUCUGCGGAUUUGAAGAAGAACCUGUGCAGGAACCCAGAUGGAGACCGGGCGCCGUGGUGCUACACCAUGGAUCCUGCUGUCCGCUGGGAGUACUGCAAAGUGGACAAAUGCUCCACCGCCUCCCCCACCCAGUCCCCAUCCAGACCCUCCAGACCCCCUACCGUCACAGAGACCCCCACAGCCAAAGACUGUAAGAAUGAAAAUGGAGCCGAUUAUCGAGGUCUCACAUCCAUGACUGUUGCUGGAGUGACCUGCCAGGCCUGGAGCGCUCAGACCCCCCAUCCCCACAACAGCUUCACCCCAGUCACACAUCCCACCAAGGGACUGGACGGUAACAGUUGCAGAAAUCCAGACAAUGAUGUGAACGGCCCCUGGUGCUACACGACUGACCGCACCAAGAAAUGGGACUACUGCCAGAUCCCAGACUGUGCUGGAAUGAGCUGUGGGACUCCAGUGAUCAAACCAAAGAGGUGUUUCGGUCGUAUCGUUGGUGGUUGCGUCUCCAAACCUUACUCAUGGCCCUGGCAGAUCAGCCUCCGCACCCGAACUGGCAUCCACUUCUGUGGUGGGACUUUGAUUCAUCCUCAGUGGGUGCUCACAGCUGCUCACUGCCUGGAAAGGUCCAAGCGUCCGUCAGAAUACAAGGUUCUGUUGGGGGUCCACACAGAGCAAGCCAAUGAGGCCUCCAAACAGGAGCGCAGACUGGAGAAGCUGGUGCUGGAGCCGGGUGGUGCAGACAUGGCUCUGCUCAAACUGGACAGACCUGCAAUCAUAAAUGACAAAGUCCUCCCCGCCUGCCUGCCAGACAAGGACUACAUAGUUCCCAGUAGAACGGAGUGCUAUGUGACUGGAUGGGGAGAAACUCAAGGCACCGGAGGAGAAGGUGUUCUGAAGGAGACUGGCUUUCCUGUCAUCGAGAAUAAGAUUUGUAACCGGCCGUCAUACCUAAACGGUCGCGUCAAAGACCACGAAAUGUGUGCAGGGAAUAUCGAGGGAGGCACAGACAGCUGCCAGGGCGACAGUGGGGGUCCGCUGGUCUGUUAUGCCCAGAACAAGUACGUGGUGCAGGGUGUGACCUCGUGGGGCCUGGGCUGUGCCACCCCCAUGAGGCCUGGAGUCUACGCCAGAGUGUCCAAGUUCGUCGACUGGAUAGACAGAACCAUCAAGACAAACUAA